AUGCCAGCAUCCUACAUUAACCUCGAGCAAGAGGACGAGGUUUGCUUCCUCACCGAGAGGCCAUCCGGGUGUGGUGACCGCCAGCGGCGGGACUCGUCUUGCACCAUCACGGACGAGUCACCACCAAUUUUCGGAACGACGACUGAGGGAGGGAUUGACCUCACAGUCGACUUGAGAACCUCAGGCCACCAUCUUCUCAAUGACGACGAAUUUGCACUUGAAAAAGUGCGGGUGGCCAACUACACCAUCCAGCCUGGGACGUUUCUCCAAGUUCACGAGUUCGACUCAGGAGACUACCUUGUCCAAUUCGUCCUCGUCAAGAUUGUGGUUCGGUGCACAGACUCCGGCGAAAUCAAGAUCCGCGGCAUCCCUUUCACCAGACUUCGCUCGGCUUGGGGCAAGCUCCCCAGAAAGGCUCACGAGGUUUGCAUGCUGCUCUCCUACAACCAAGAUGAUCCAAGUGCAUCUGAAGAGUUUGUCGAUAUCGGCCCAUCCUCCAAGCUGGAGGUCUAUUUCAUCGGACAGGGGAGCCGAAAGAGACAGACUGGGGAAGCCUUUGUUCGCGUUCACGAGUCCGAAGUUCUCGAACCAAAGUAUCGAAUCUCUGAGGAAGUCCUCAGCAACCAAUGGCGAGGCACCAGAGUUAAAGGAGGGUCAUGGGCGCCAACCUUCAAUUCCCAACAGGACUGCAUAAACCUUGAUGACGACAAUGGAAUCAAGCAAAAGAAGAUCCGAGCCAAGGGCCAGAAGUACACUCUUUUCGACUCUUGUUCAGGCGCGGGCGGAGUCUCACGAGGAGCUCUGAUGGCUGGAUUCAAAAUCCAAUACGCAAUCGACAAAGCUCCAGAAGUUUGGGACACAUACGAAACAAACUUCCCCGACACUCAUCUCUUCAAGAUGUCUCUUGAUGAGUUUCUCUCGUUCGACAAUCAACACAUGCGUGUCGAUGUCCUCCACUUCUCCCCUCCAUGCCAAUUCUUCUCCCCUGCCCACACCCACGCGUCGGCCCAAGACGACGACAACAUCUUUGCUCUCUACAGCUGCAAUCAGUUGCUCAAGAAACUCAGACCUCGUAUCAUCACCGUCGAGCAAACUUUUGGCCUCACACAUCACCGUCACGCCGAAUACUUCUACUCCUUUCUCGCCGACUUCACGCAGCAUGGUUACUCGGUGCGAUGGAGAGUUAUCAAACUCUGCACUUGGGGCGCAGCACAGGACCGAAAGCGUCUGAUUCUCAUUGCCGCCGCUCCAGGGGAGCGACUUCCUCCUUUCCCUCAGCCUACUCACGGUCCGGAAGCCGGCUUGUUGCCCUACAACAGCAUUGGCAAGGCCAUUCGAGGCAUCCGACCAGGCGAUGAUCUUCAUGACCUUGACAACGUGAAAUACUACCAGCCCCGACGAGCUCCAUACGAUGCGAAUCGUCUUGCCGGAACCAUCACCACCCGUGGAGGUGACUUUUACUACCCAGAUGGCACACGCAACCUGACUCUGCGAGAGUAUGCGAGCCUCCAAGGUUUCCCCAAAAACCAUCAAUUCCUUGGAACCAUGACAUCCAUCAAGAGACAGAUUGGAAAUGCCUUCCCCCCCAACACAGUCCGCGUCCUCUACAAGCACAUCGAGCAGUGGCUUCUGAAGGAAGAUGGCAUGCUACCCUACGACGACAGCCGAGAUGCUGUUAUCAUCGACGAUGACGACACCGAUUCGACGACCAACCUCACUGAUGUCUCUGAAGAUGAAUUUCACCGUUCACCGGAGAUGAUGGAAGGGAGCGUGAUGCCUGUGGGCAGCAACGAAGGUGCUAGAACCGAUUGGCGAGCUGGGAGCGUGGUCAUCGACCUGACCUAA